AUGCCAACCAUAUCCUCCACUCCCCUCGACCAAGGAUCUCCUCCCUCCUCUCAUCAUCACCAUCUUCUUCAUCAUCCCCAUACUUCUAUUACUCCUGUUCCGGUCUCUUCCACCCCGGCCGCCGUUCAUCCUUCAUCUUCUUCUUCCGCCUCUUCUUUCCCCCCUCUUUCGGUUCCAGCUGCUCCUCCUCCUCCGGCUACUACCACUCCCAGCACCACUACUUCCCUCUGGAAUAACACCAACACUACCACGACGACGUCCAGUUUCACUGGCUCGGUCAUUGGCUCGAUUUCGCGACGCAACCGCCGGUCUUUUGCUGCGUUAGCCCGCGAGAAGACUUCCAACGCUCUCGCCAAUCUCUCAGCCAUUGGAAGCACGGCCAAUUCUUCACUCCGCACGUCCGCCUCGGCGGGGAGCCUCUCCAAGCAUUCGCGCAAGCCGUCUCAGAUCAGUAUCCACGAGAUCGCAGGUCUCACGCCCUUGACCCCGCCAUUGUCCGACGGAAGCACAAGCAGCGAGCAGUCGAGCCCCGCGUAUAUCGAUUAUCCUGCCAAUUUGUCUUCUCCGGCCGUGCUAGAUCAUCACUCAAGUUCAAUUGACAGGCGGCGACAGACUCUCCAUCGCAUUCCACCUCUUUCAGAGCUACAAUCGGAAGUCGGUUCCGCCGCACCUCCGUCCAAAAUGCACCAAACGUCCUCUAGGCUGUUGCGAAUGACGGAAGAUGACCGUCCUUUCACAAAGGAUUUCAUGGAUUUGUUCUCAACCUUGAUGGUCAGCUUGAAGUUGGAUUCGCAUCGCGUGAGAUUUACAAAAUAUGAUCAUUCCUUCACCUCCGAAGAAGCCAUCAACAACCUUGGUUCGCUCAAGUUCUCCCAAUCGAACCGUAUGCCGGAUCCCAAGGAUCCAUCCCGCAUCGUCACGACGACCACAACCACCACGUUUUCCAUGGCGAAGGAGAUGGCUCGUUCGGUGUGCCAGCGUUUCGUUGACGCUCGCUUCAUCGAACCGGUCGAUGGCAAACCGCUCCCUAUCUUUCCACUGAAGGGCGCCUUGUUCCAGCUCACUCCGAAGGGUAUCAAUAUUCUGCAGAGAUUCUGCCAGCGAAACGGCAUUACCGCUCGCCAUGUGAUAGAUGUGCUGGAAUCGCCUCGCAAUACGAUGCAACUGGUUAAUCUGGAACGUGAUACGGAAACGGACAAGCUGUCGCACGAUCGGGCGACCAUCGAGGUCAUUUUCCGGCGGUUCGCUGGUCAGGACGGUCCAAAUGUCAAGAAUAGCAUUUCAACCUCUGACUCGGACUCGUUGAGCGACUACUCGAAUGGGUUGGUUGGAGUGAAGAUGGCCAAAGAACGGAAGAUCAACGAGAAAAUCUUUAUGAACACUUUUACUGGAAAGGCGGCGGUUGACUGGUUGAUGGAUUGUUCGACGACUAUCGAGCGGCGGGAAACCGUUCUCAUCGCUGAACUAUUUGUCAAAUACGGCCUAAUUAUGAUGCUUCUGGAAGACAAGGGAUAUCCUCAGCCAGAUUUAUCGAUCGUUGCCUUUCAACCAUCCAAAUACGCGAUCUACGGAAUCACAGAACGUGGACAGCGGGUUUGCGGCUGGAUCGCGCGGGACAAGUCGCGCGAAACGGCCUUCUACGACAACCGUGGUAUGCCAAAAGAUUCGAACAACGCUCGGUUGAACCAUAUCCUGCACGAUCCUGCUCUGCGGCUGCUGUUCCGUGAGUUCUUGCGGAACUCGCUCUGCGAGGAGAACUUGUCGUUCUACCUGGAUGUGUCCGAAUUCACUGCUACCUAUCACAAGGCGGAAAAAUUGGGUGCAUUUAAGAAGGCCGAUUCGGUUCGCGAAACGCUCGCUGCGGCAUACGGACUUUACAAUGCCUUUUUGGCACCUGGCUCCCCUUGCGAGCUCAACAUCGACCAUGCGCUGCGCAACAGUUUGGCUGGCCGCAUGACAAAAGCUGUCGGCGACGACGAGUCCAUGUUCAAAAGUCUCCAGGAGGUCGUGCAGUUGUUCGAGAUGGCACAGACCUCAGUCUUCAAACUGAUGUCUAGCGAUUCCGUCCCCAAGUUCCUGCGUGAUCCCAAGUACGCUGUUGUUCUUCAAGAGCACGACGUGGAUUUAAUAGGCGCUCCUAGAGCCUAUUCGCCUACCCCUGCACCUGUUCCCGAACGCUCAGUGAGCCGUUCGGCGCGUUCUUGA